AGGAAAGCAAAGAAGAGCAAGCAAUCAAGAAAGCAACUUGUCUACAACAAGAAACUUCAACAAGGCAUCAUGAAGACUCUGACUCUCCUCUCCAUCUGCGCCCUUCUGUCAGUGUGCUGGUCCAUGGGAGCUGUGGAACCAGAGGUUGUUGUGGACCCUGCCGCCGACACAGCGGCUGACGCUGCACCUGCUGACCCUGCUGCUGCCGCUCCCGAUUCAUCCUCCUCAUCCUCGGACUCUUCCUCCUCUUCCGAGUCCGAUUCAUCCUCAUCUUCUGCAUCGGACUCCAACUCUUCCUCAGACUCUUCAGCAUCUGAUUCUAACUCAAGCUCUGACUCAUCUGCCUCCGAUUCGUCCUCCUCCUCUGAAUCCUCCGAAUCUUCAGAGUCCUCAGAGUCUUCCUCAUCCGAGUCUUCUGAAUCCUCUUCCUCCGAAUCUUCCGAGUCCAAUUCUUCUGCCUCUGACUCCUCCGCUUCUGAUUCUUCCUCUUCUUCUUCAUCCUCCUCAUCUUCAUCAGAGUCAGCCAGCACUGAGGCUUCUCCAGUGGUUGUGAAGAGAGACCUGGCUGCUGUUCUCCUGAGGAGAAGAAGAGCAGCCCCAGCAGGAGACCUCAGCCCUCUGCAGCUGGAAAGCCUGAGAGAGGUGUGUGAACUGAAUGUCGCCUGUGACGAGAUGGCCGACACUGCAGGCAUCGUCGCUGCCUACACCGCCUACUAUGGACCCGUUCCCUUCUAAGUUAAAGACUUUUUUUCAUCCACAUGGGAACUUUUUUUUGUGCUUUUGUAAUAGAACAGUGCAAUAACUCCCCUAAAUCCAAACAAGGAGCAGGCAAUCACAAAAAAAAAAAAAAAAAAAAAACGGGUUUGGUCUAUGAUGGUAGAUGGAGAUGAUGUUUCAGGCACAAAUCCUUG